GGCCUGAGGAUCGUGGGUAGCCAGCCUGAGGCAGCUCUCGGAAGCCUCGCUGGUGCCUUGGUUUUGGACCGUGGGAACCUGGAAAAAGCGCUUUAGCUAAUUAAACCCAGGGAUGCUGAGAAACCUUGCUCUCCAACAUCUAGAGUGCGAGAGACCUUGCUGUUUGACGAAUCAUUUUGCCUGCGAUGCUGAGCCGCGUCGAUUUCCAACUGCAGUGCAUAGAUGAAGCGUUUUCGGACGCAACAUUGCACCUUUAAGCUUGUGCACUCUGAAUCAGCUUCUCAGCCCAGUGUGAUGUGAACCCCAUGACACACAGCGCUGCUUUUCUUCGAGCCCAUUCGAGGACUGCUUUUAUUUUAUUUUAUUUUAUUUUAUUCAUUUAUUUUAAUUAGGAUUCAUGUCCAAUGCGGGGCUUGACCUUAGGACCCUGAGAUCAAGAGUCCGUGGUUCCACCGACUGAGCCACCCAGGUGCCUCGAGCACUGCUUUAAGUUUCACCUAAAUUCCAUCCUUCUCCAAAUUCUCGUCUAGUCUUGUUCUUUCUCUGCCAGCUAGUAAGCCAACUUUGUCGUGGACAGGAUGGCCCGCACUAUGGAACCAGUGGCAAAGAAGAUCUUUAAAGGAGUUUUAGUAGUUGAACUCUUGGGCAUUUUUGGAGCAUAUUUUUUGUUUAAUAAGAUGAACACAAGCCAAGAUUUCAGGCAAACAAUGAGCAAGAAAUUUCCCUUCAUCUUGGAAGUUUAUUACAAAUCCAUUGAACAGUCUGGAAUGUAUGGAGUCAGAGAGCAAGAUCAAGAAAAAUGGCUGAAUAGCAAAAAUUAGGACCAGUCAUCGCGUUCAGCCUCCCAUCUAAGCUGUUUGAGACCUUUGUGGGGGAGAAGAAAGAUGAGCACACCACAUUGCAGACUCCUGGCCCCACAGAACAAAACAGGAACUUCUGGUCUGCCAUGGCUUACAGUCAUUUCCCAUCCCCUAUGCAAAUUCCCUGCUUUUGUUUGUUGCUUUCCUUUGGCAUUUAUUAUUAAAGACUACCGUUUAACAAAUAAAAGACUAGGAGAAGAAAGGAA